CAUUGACACAAUUUCUGGCCAAGCAGUUGCACGGUGGACAAUUGGACGUAAUGCAUCUCGGCAAAUUAAUGCGCCUGAUUUGUUUUUAGAAACGGAGUUUAUGACCGGUCGGUGGAGAGGAUACAGAGCCGCAGUAGGCUACCAUUCGCUGUCAGGGCUACUGGUUUUUUGUUGAUGUCAUCGGUAGCCGUGUUCGAACCGGAGCGACCGUCAAUUUAUAGUCAGGAUUACUAGAAUAACAAAAUAAAGCCUACAAUAAAAAAGUAACUAGGUUUUUUUUUGUGCGCACAGUGAAUAUGGGAAUUCUAACGCGCUGUGUUUUACUUUUUUUAUUCCAGCAUUUGACGUCCGCUUAUGAUUUUAAAGAAGAACUAGACAACGGACAGUAUGCAUUUGUGAAAGAUCCUAGUUUGAAUAUCGAAAAGAGAUCUGCAGAUGUAGAAUUAUUCCAGUUUGACUCUGAAUCAUCCGAACACAUUCGGAGCAGGAGAAGCGCUGAUCAAGGGGACUGUAAAAGUCUCCAGGGAUUCGACACCAAGUUGACUAACAACACCCACACCUACUCCUUCAAUGACCUGAGUGGGUCCGUGUCACUGGCCUGGGUUGGAGACGCCACCGGGGUCAUCCUGGCUUUGACAACAUUCCAGGUUCCAUUCUUCAUGUUGAGAUUCGCCCAGUCCAAACUCUAUCGAAGUGAGAACUAUGGGAAGUCGUUCCAGGACGUCACAAACCUCAUCAACAACACUUUCAUCAGGACAGAGUUCGGGAUCGCCAUCGGACCAGAGAACUCUGGGAAGGUGAUCCUGACAGGUGAUGUGUCUGGCAGCCUGGGAUCUCGUAUCUUUAUCUCCAGAGACUUUGGGAACAGCUUUGAGCAGCAGGACCUUCCCUUCAACCCCCUGAUGCAGAUCACAUACAACCCCAGAGACGCCAACGUUCUCCUGGUUAUCGGCAACACUAACGAGCUCUGGCUGUCAGAGGACUUUGGAGAGAACUGGAGGAAGAUCCAUGACAUGGUGUGUCUGUUCAAAUGGGGGAUGGACAGUAACAUAUUCUUCACCACCAGCCUCAAUGGAUCCUGCAAUGACAGAGGGAUGCUGGACUUGAGGAGGACGACGGACUAUGGGAAGACCAUCAAGACUGUUGCCACUAAGAUCUUCUCUUUCGGCCUGGGGGGGAAGUUUCUGUUUGCCUCUGUUAUGACUGGAACUGGAACUCUGAGGAGGAUCCAUGUGUCGACUAACCAGGGGGAGGACUGGAACAUGGCUCAGCUGCCUCCGGUUGGCCACGAGGAGUUCUAUUCCAUCCUGGCAGCCAAUGAGGACAUGGUGUUCAUGCACGUGGACGAACCAGGAGACACAGGCUAUGGCAGCAUCUACGUGUCAGACGACAGGGGUACAGUGUACUCUAAGUCUCUGGAGCGUCACCUCUACACCACCACAGGGGGAGACACUGACUUCACCAACGUUACCUCUCUACGAGGGGUCUUCAUCACCAGUAUACUGGCAGAGGAUGGCUCGGUGCAGUCCGUGGUGUCCUUCGACCAGGGAGGGGAAUGGGUGCCCCUGCAGAAGCCUGCCAACACCAAGUGUGACUCCACAGCCAAAGACCCCGACAAGUGCAGUCUCCACAUCCACGCAGCUUACAGCGCGGCUAUGAAGCUGAACGUCCCCAUGCUGCCUCUCAGUGAACCAAACGCUGUAGGACUCAUCAUGGCUCACGGGAGUGUGGGCGAUGCCAUCUCUGUGAUGAAGCCUGACGUAUUCGUGUCAGAUGAUGGAGGUUACACCUGGCUACAGGCCCUGGAGGGACCUCACCACUAUGCCAUCCUUGACUCUGGUGGACUCCUGGUGGCCGUGGAGCACUCUGCUCAGCUCAUCAAAGACAUCAAGUUUUCCACAGACGAGGGCCAGUGCUGGCACGUUCACCAGUUCACCAGCGAUCCCAUCCACUUCACAGGGCUGGCGGUGGAGCCGGGGGCGAGGUCUAUGAACGUCAGUGUCUGGGGCUACAGAGACUCUCUGCUCAGUCAGUAUUGGGUAUCUGUCACCGUCGACUUCCGAGAGCUGCUCACUAGAACCUGUGAGGACCAGGACUACGUGCAGUGGCUGGCGCACUCUGAUGACAUCAGCGACCCUAACGACGGCUGUAUGCUGGGUUACAAGGAGAAGUUACUGCGUCUGAGGAAGGCCUCGGUCUGCUGGAACGGACGGGACUAUGAGGUCAACAAACAACCCACCCCCUGCCUCUGCACCCUGGAUGACUUCCUGUGUGACUUUGGGUACUAUCGUAAAGAGAACAGCUCUGAGUGUGUGGAGCAGCCGGACCUGAAGGGCCACCUUCUGGAGUUCUGUCUGCAAGGCAAGGAGGAGCUGCUGCAGACCAGAGGCUAUAGGAAGAUCCCCGGGGAUAAGUGUGAGGGAGGAAAACAGCCGGAGAGAAAAGAGAUCGACCUCAGUAAGAGGUGUGUCAGUGAUCUGCUGGGACCUCAGGAACGACUGAUAGACGGCCAUCUGUCCAGCUCUGCACCCAUCAUAGUGACUGUUUUAAUCAUUGUGCUGCUCGCAAUCAUAGCUGGGGUCCUCAUCGUCAAGAAGUAUGUCUGUGGUGGCAGGUUCCUGGUACACAGCUACUCUGUCCUACAGCAGCAUGCUGAGGCCCAGGGACUAGACGAACCCCUAGACAGCAACUACACUCAGACCAGAAACAUGGCCGACUUCCACGACGAUUCAGACGAGGAUCUUCUGGAGUAACAGGUUGAACAUGCAGCUCCCAAGAGGACCUACUCGUCUCCUGUCUGUCCUUUACAACCCAGAGACUCCUGCAGCUACAAGAGGAAUCUAGUCUCCUGUCUGUUCUUUACAACCCAGAGACUCCUGCAGCUACAAGAGGAAUCUAGUCUUCUGUCUGUCCUUUACAACCCAGAGACUCCUGCAGCUACAAGAGGAAUCUAGUCUCCUGUCUGUCCUUUACAACCCAGAGACUCCUGCAGCUACAAGAGGACCUACUCGUCUCCUGUCUGUCCUUUACAACCCAGAGACUCCUGCAGCUACAAGAGGAAUCUAGUCUCCUGUCUGUCCUUUACAACCCAGAGACUCCUGCAGCUACAAGAGGAAUCUAGUCUCCUGUCUGUCCUUUACAACCCAGAGACUCCUGCAGCUACAAGAGGAAUCUAGUCUCCUGUCUGUCCUUUACAACCCAGAGACUCCUGCAGCUACAAGAGGAAUCUAGUCUUCUGUCUGUCCUUUACAACCCAGAGACUCCUGCAGCUACAAGAGGACCCACUCGUCUCCUGUCUGUCCUUUACAACUCAGAGACUCCUGCAGCUACAAGAGGAAUCUAGUCUCCUGUCUGUCCUUUACAACCCAGAGACUCCUGCAGUUACAAGAGGAAUCUAGUCUCCUGUCUGUCCUUUACAACCCAGAGACUCCUGCAGCUACAAGAGGACCCACUCGUCUCCUGUCUGUCCUUUACAACUCAGAGACUCCUGCAGCUACAAGAGGAAUCUAGUCUCCUGUCUGUCCUGAGGCUUACUGCUCUACAUCGAAGAACAUGUUUCUUCUAUCUGUACAACCAGAGGCUCGCUGCUGCUGCUCUCUUCUUCGCCUCCUGCUACUUCCUCCUUCCCUCCCUCCACCAUGACCCUUGACCUCUAACCCCUGACCUUCCAGCGCCUGGCGGAGAGUUGUUCCAGUGCAGCUCUCAUCAGUGAGGUAUCCAAUGAGGCUUUGUGAUCUGAGUGAGACACAGCCAGAAUUCAGCAGGAGACCAGAGGUCCAGUCGGGUUGUUGUGGUUGAUAAAAAAAAAAAAUGUAUUCUCCAAGUUCCUUUUCUGUUGGGAUGGAAUGGUGUGAUGGUUCUGGAAUGCUGGUGAAUCUGGAAUCAUGGAACUGUUGUUUUAGAAGCUGUUUUAUGGUCUUUGGGAGCUUCUCUUAAUAUCUACUGUAGCUAGACUCUUCAAAAUAAGUGAAUGUAAACAGCACCAUGAUGACAUUACGGGUUAUACAUGCCUCUCUCAUUGCUUGGGACUGGGGAUCUUGGGAAAUAUUACGUAUACGUUUCUAUUGAAGACAUGUCCUUUUUUCCCCCUCCCCUGCACUUACAUAAAGAUCUUUCAUUUUUCAUUGAUGUGAUUCGGGGUUGGGACUAUGGUAAAUAGGUUGUAGUUAGUUACUGUGGCUUGGUAAAAUUAUUCUACCAAGCCACCCUAUUCUUAACUAUUUUUUAACUAUUUUGCCUAAAUGAUAAGAUGCAAGUGGAAAUAUUUAUAAGCAUUUAAAGUUGGAUAGCAAUAACAUGUUUAGAUCCACUGUAUCAACACGCUAAGCUUUCAUAGCAGGAAUCAACCUCCUCCUCUAAACUAAAAGGAUUAAUCCUAACAUGAGAAUUGUGUACCUAACUCAAACAUUCACCUUCUAAAUCAUGCAUUGAUGUCAAUGGUGUGAAAAAUUCGUUUUUUUU